AUGUCGUGAGUCACUGUGUGGAGGCGAGUUGGGAUGGAUUUGAGAUUUUUUGAACCAGGGUAGACGUAAAGCCUGCUUGAAAGAAGCCUCGUAAGUAGUGGAUGCAGGGAUGAUCGACUUGGUGGUGCCUUAGUCGCCGUUCCGAAACGAACCUGAUGCUUUAUGCAGGACCGCAGCUUGCUUCUCCCAGCUCUUCCCAGUCAACAAUUGAGUGACCAAAGCCCGGUACGUACCAGUGUGCGAACGCCCCGUCAUCGAACUAACAGAACGCUGCAGGGUGAAAUCUCGGCCCCGGCGAUCUGUCCUACUAGCUUCCCGGGACAGACUCGCCCGCAGGCCGUUAAGCUUUCUCCCGUCUCCCCAUCCACCCGUUCUUCCGAUGCGCAGGUAAACUCCCUAUCUCCUUUCGGCCCGUGGCUCGAAUGCAGGGAUGAGAUUUCCGCAUGGGUCCGUAUCUUCUCAUUCUCUCUAGAUCGCGAGCGUGCUUACGUUCGAGACUUCAUUUUGGAUGAGCACUUGCGCACCUGGGCCUCUUGGAGAGCCUCCUGUGUGACUAGACUGCACGGAAAUCCCGUGCAUGGCCCGGGGCCGAACCGAGGACACGGUCGUUACAUAUCGACGCACGCGCAGAGCACUGUCAUCGUUCAUGAUCUGCAGCUGCUCUCAUGCGAAUCCCAUGAAGCCAUGUCCAGAGAGAAGACCUGCGCAAAGAUAGCAAGCUUGAUUAUGAAGCUGAGAACCCCGCCUGGUUCUCCGAGUCACCGCGAACCUUGGGGGUUUGUGCGCGACGGGAACGUAGGUUUGUCUUGCGUUUCGCCGGGAAUCAGCGGGUCUAUCGGAUGCAAGCACCUCAGGCCUCAGGACUAUCAAGCAAAUACCAUGACAUUCGCACCGCGCAAGGCAAGUUCGACUACCAGAGGGUCCUCCGGACCCUGUCCACCGCCUUCUACAUGUCGUCAGCGGCCGAGCAGCCGUCUCGAUAACAGGCUAACGUCCGCCACGCGGCGCACACGCCCGCUUGACGACCGGGUCGUCUACCUCGGGGCGGAGCGUACAUGAACACAGGCCGGAUAUCGUGCUUCGCUGAUGCAGGAAGAAGGGG